CGUCUGUCUACGUUUAUAUAUUCUCAUCUUUCUUUCAUUCUUUCAAUUCGACCAUCUGCCAUCUUGAGAGGAAAGACGUCUGUUAGCACAGGGCCGUGUACAUAUUUUGCUGGCAGCAACCCGCCAAUCUGACCAUUCGAAUCCCUCAACAACCUUCCCUUCACUCCCCUCUUAUUCUUGAUCAGUCCUUGUGGAUACCUCAUUUUAGAACUUCAGGAUGGUUCGAACUGUCCAAGAACCCCUUCCUACCACACCCCAACGCCUCACCGGCUAUUCUCAACCUCUGCAGCAAAACAAUGCUAGCCCAUGGCCCGGCAAGCCGCGCACGGUCCUCCAAGAGAGGACAGAUAAUGUUAUGUUUCUCCCUCCAAAGUCCCAGAGCAAUAAAGGCAAAACUCAAGCUUUUAAAGCUAUUCCAAAGCUCGUCAGCAGACCAUCCCAAUCACCGAUGCGACCGAAGGUCUCGAAAUUCCUUGCUAAUUCACCUCAACGGGUCGGGGUCCCUGAAUCUUUCUCAUCCCCCAAAUCAAACCCUCCUCUCUCUUCUGGUACAGGGGUACCAUCACGUGCGCCGCCCAGGCCAUCGAUGCCCAUGCCAGUUUAUGGCGUCGAUGAAACGCUGUUGAUAGACAUGUCUCUCCCAGGUGACUCUACACUGGGAGGUUUCGAAACAACAGACGAGAGUGAGGGCGAGAACGUGACCAAAAGAUUUGGGGGUUUCAAAGGUCUGAUGACACCGGACAAUAGUCAGAAGGUGGGUCGGGCUGAGUCACCCAGCUUGAGUCGCACGAUAAAAAAGGUUGCCGUCUCAAGGCCGAGUCAAAAGGCGCCUAUUCGUUUACCUACUCCUCCGGCUUCUCAACCUCUUCCCAUAGAAACCUCUCCAUCACAACCCUCUACUCUACGGGCACCUCGAGUGCGCGCCCGGCCGUCUCCGACAUCUCCUCGACACAUCUCUGUUGCUCCGGCUGAGAUCCUUGGGAAUAGCCCCUCAGGUUUCAAUGCGCAGUCAGCGGCGGAGCCGUCACCGAACCCCAGAAGCAAGAAGAAAUCGAGGAUAAGCAACGAAAUCGAGGAAGGUUUAGGCAGAAAGUCGGUUGCGGUGACGAUUCCCAUGCGAAGGAUGUCUGCUAGUCUUGAUAUUGGGAAUGUCCAAAAGAAUAUGCCCCGCGAAACCCACAAGUCCUUGGGCAAGGGAAAGGGACGUGCCUCUUCUUCCAGAACACCCAGUGCUACCCUUUCUCAGUCGACCUCUAGUACUAGACGCGUGAGUGGCGGAUCGAAUUCAAGUUCGCAAUCUCGUUCGAAGACACCAGCAGCUCCCAGGACUAAGGUCAUCCCAGCCACCGCCCCGGCCCGCAGACGUCUAUCCAAAGCUCCUAGCACUUCUCGAAAAGAGCCUGUCAAACGCCGUGCUUCUACAGGUAUGGCCCUCACUCAGACCACGCCCAAGAAUGGUAAGGGUAGAGCCAGAAAGAACAGAACUACAAUGACUCAGGAAAUGUUCGAGUCAAAGAGUGUUAUUCUGGAUGAUCCGAUCCACGGUAGUCCUGGAGAUGACCCAUUACUUCUGAAGGGUGUACCUGCAGAAGAGAUGGAAUGGGACGGUGAAGACACAAGGAAUGGGCUGAUAUCAGGGCUUGGACUACAGAUGGAGUCUCGUAAUGUGGUCGAAGAACCCGUGUCCGCACAUCGUGCAGGCCCAUCCACUGCCCCUUCCCCAAGUACUAUAGCCAAAACGACUCAGUGCGCCCCUCCUGAACAAUCUCCUCUUUUGCCGACUCUUUAUAAUCGUUUCGAAAACGGAGAGAUAGACGUGGGGCAGUAUGAUGAUUGGGGGAACGAUUUUGGAGGAGGCUGGUCCGAUGAUGAUAGCGUGGCUGGUGAGGAUACGUUCUUGCAUGUGAAAGAGCGACAAUACACAGGUGAACCAAACCUUGCCGUCAUUGGAGAAAAUGUUACGGAAAGUCCGUUCAUUCCCAGGAAGCGAUCUACGGAAUUAAUGCAAGAAGAGCGAGAACUAUCCAUGAAUAUUAUGAAGAAGGAAGGUGAGGGAGAGGCCAAUGUCGAAGGACAUGUUACUUUAGAAGCAGAGGAAGGUGCUUGGGAUGAGGGGCUCACCGUCAGACAAGAAGCCCAUGCCGACAUUGAACCUGGAGUCUCCCAGCUGGAAGAAGGGCAAAAUAGGACGGAUGGAGAGGCUGAUGUGACGAUCGAGGCGGAGAGUGAUGCUUGGGACAACGUACCUGCCUGCCAGGAUGAUAAGGUCGAGUCAUCCAAUCAAAGGGCUCAUGUGGAGCCAUGUAAUGCGGUUAUUGAGAUUCGCUCCUCAGAUCUUUCUUCAAGCCCUCAAGUCAAUGCAACAAGGUUGCCAUCUCCAAAGCGUCUGGCCACUCCUCGACAAAAAUCACCAGUAUUGACUGCCUCACUUUCCCCAGUCUCUCCUUUUAGGCAUGUCCAGCCUACUCAACUCGAGAAGAGUCCUGCCGUCAGGAAUGCUGAAGAGCAAAGCGCGCGAGACGAGUCAAGGCAAAUAUCAGUCGCUGGACUUUCCCCGGCUCCUACAGGGCGAUUCUCUGCAGCCUCCUCUCCCCCUGCUCAUUUGAAGCAAUGCUCCCCUAUACCUAAUUCACCUACGUAUUCUAGGCGUUCUUCGCUUGCUCCGCCUCCCCCUGUUCAAUUAUCCUAUUAUGUUCAUCCGGCCAGAUCUCCGUCUCAACCAUUUUCUCGCGCUGGCUCCCUGAGACCGUUGUCCAUCCUGCCCACUUCAGCCAUUUCGAAGGGAUCAACACAGGAAGCCCCCGAGCUGUCAGAACCAGAGAUUGAGGCGGUACAGCAUGUCUCCUCACUGUCUCCUCCAGGCCGCUCCCCUCGAAGGUCUUUGAGUCGGGAGUCAUUCCAGUCACCCGCUCUGCGUCAUUCGAUUUCUCCACACUACACAUUGGACGAAAGAUCUGUUACUAGAUCACCGUUAAUCUUAAUCAAGCACAGAGGAGAAGGAGAGACUGCUCCACCCACAGAGUUUGAGCAUAAUCAUCGCUCUGUCUCGCAAGAGCCAACGACAGCUCAAAAUGAAGAUGGAGAAGAGAAGGACGAUAUCAUUGUAAGAGCAGAGAGAAUGGUUGCUCGUUUAUCUAUGCCCCUUUCUCCACCCACCCUGCCUUUACUGAGAGAGGAGACACCGGCGCUGGUCAUUCAAGCUGCUUCUCCGGAAAAUUCUCCUGCCUCACAGCCAUUUAUCACAUCCUCCCAAAUAUCUUCAUCUUCAGUUGAUGCUCAUCGUUUUACUUCGCUCUCCCCCGUGCCCAUUCUGGUUAAAUCACGGAUUUCUCCUUUAAGCUCACCAGAGGGAAUCGUGGCACCUCAGCCACAACCCACACCAGCGUUACAGAUGACUCCCCAAGAUCAUGAGUACACUGGUACCUCUCCAUUAGUUUCCCCUAUCUCCGACGCAUCUUUGCAACACACCCCCAUUCCUCAGUUCAAGCUUUAUCCCGGAGAGACACCUCUCGUGGAUGCUUCCUAUCGUGAACCAACUCUUGGUUUCCGGCGAGGCACACCACAUCCGAAGAAAGAACUAGCCUCUCCUGCCACUGAUUGUAGUCCUUUCGGCCCACAAACCUCCGCUCCCCAAUCGAGACUGAGCCUUCAAAGAGGCAUAUCAGCGGACACCCAUUCGGAUUCCUCUCUUCAGCAAAAAGGUUCACUUCUCUUACCUACCUCUCCACAAGCAGGAUCGCCUAAUCAAUCUCAUUUUCAGGAGUUCAUUCCGGCUAGACGGUCUCCGAAUUUGUCUCCUUCUAUAACCAUGAAGAAGAACUCUCAGACCUCCUCUUCGUCCUCAUCUCCCGCACGUGUUCUCAAUUUCCCUCAAAGCGAAUUGAAGGGUAUAGUGAACCAUAUUCAAGCUUCCAAAAUUAUGGAUUCUCCCUUGGAGGAUGUCCACUUGGAGCCUGUGGCCGUUGUUACACAGCAAAAAGAUGUGAUGGGAGUUGAAGUGCUUACGAAAACGUCGAUUAUACAAGAGACUGCUUCGGCUGUACACGCCCAGACCCUCGUUGAGGACAAUCACGUAGAGAAUGAGGUUGGCCCUGACGGGCUCAUCGAGUGCUCAACUAAUUCAGUGGUGACGGGAGAUGUAGAGCUAGAGACUCCCUUCGGACCCACACCGGAGAGUGCUCAUGCAAAUCAACUGGCCAUGACACUCGAUCCUGGAGGCAUCCUUGAAGAGAGAGAUUCUGUGGGGGGAUCAGCACGGCUUUCGGAUGAACAUGGCGAUGACGAACAAAAUAUCGGCAAUGACAGCGGUCUGACCGAAAUGACAGAUAAGACGGCAGAAGGCGAUAGUGCGGCGUGGGAUAUUUCAGCAGCGUCUCUGAACGAAAGUGUCGAGAGAAGCAAUGAGUUGGAAGGGAUAGAAAAGACAUGUGAAAGGCAAAAAGAAGACAAUGAACAAGAUGCGGGAACAGUUUAUCUGGAGAACAAUGUGCCGAAGAGUGACAUGAGCGAGAAAGAUGGCGAAGAAGACGAUCAAACGAUGGAAGAGACGCUAAGCGAAAAUGAACAAUACCAAGCUAGCGGACAGGAAAAUGAUCAGGAGGAAACAAAUGACGAGGACGAAGGAGGCGAGCUGAGUGAAGCACAAGAUAAAAUCAUUAUCUGUGUGGUGAGCAAAGAGGCAGUGAAAGUUGAACCUGGAUUGGAAGAUGAUGCUCAGGAGAGACAGCAGACUGUCUCGGAAAUCCCAGACCAACGCCACACACCUGCAAUUCCCCCGCCACUGCAUUCGUCAGAAGCUGCAAGGGAACCAUCGAUGCAGUCACGGCGGACACCAGCACCUUCUCGACUUAUAUCGGGGUCAGUCUCAAAUCCAUGUCAGAAAACGCACCAACGGCACACCCCUACUGCCCCCAGACCCCAUAAGCAGGUAGUUACUAAGCUUAGCGCACCUGCCCCGUCCACACCUUACGUCCCCCCUUCUGCUCCAGCAACCCCCUCCGAUACUUUGUAUCCAUCUCUCAACAAUCUUGAUUCCCCGCUGUCAAUUGGUACAAGUUUUAUCACAUCCACACCACUUCAUCAAAAUAGCUCAAAUCCAACCGCAAUUUCCAAUGAGCGUUCGGUGUUCGGUAUCGCCGGCGAAAAUACCCCCCAAUGCAUACCUACUUUGGAGAAAAUGUUCGCGAAAAAAACGGUUGGGCAUUCCAAGCUCUCUCAACAAGUUAUACCCUCCAGUUCGCCUUCUCGAGGUGAUCCCAAUGAAAUGGAGAGCGUACAGGUUGAUGAGAAGGCUGAGGACCCAGCAAAGGAAAAAGACGAACAUGAGCCUCAUAAGUCAGACGCCGAGUGCGAUACAUCAGGAAGCUCACAAGACAAUGAAAUGAGCAACUCUGUCCAGAUCAAAAAACCUCGGAGGUCACUUCACGAGGAGCUUGCAGCUGUAGCUAGAGAUGAAAAUGAGGGUGACAACAGUUUUAAGUCCGUGGUGGAAGUAUCAAGCUUGGACCCCAAGGCGGCUGCUAGGGCUGCGGCGAUACUCAAACUUAAUCAUUCAUAUAUUGAACACGGUGUUCUUUCUCGUCAAAGUCCAGAUGUAUCUGACACUUCAAAUCUGUCACAUUCUUCUCUUCUCAACAAACGAGAUCUUUUGCAUGAAGCCGAACUCGAAAUUGUCUCUCAGCGAAGAAGUCGCAGUCGAUCCAUGAGUCGGGCGAUGUCGUUAUCUCGCGACUUGGAGGUAUUAAGGGAAACCAGAGGCGAGAGAGAGAUGUCAGUGGCGACCUUUACGACGGAAGACUACCCUGUUCCCGGCGGGUACGUGAAGACGCCAAUAAAAAGGCCUCACUCCCCUCUCCCCCACAUUUACCAUCACUCCCGCGCGUCCCUUGCUCACAUGAAUACUCCUGGUACGGCCAAAGGGAAGGCAAAAGAGCGAGCGAAUAGCUGGGGUGUGUCCGAGUGGAAACGCCUUGAAAAGAUGUAUCGGUCUGAGAAAGAGGCCUGGAUAAAGGAAAGAGAAAUGAAAACUCUACCGGGGGGACUUGUCUCUUGGGCUAAGAGAGCAACAUUCGGGAGCAAUCCUCGUGCCGAGGCGAAACCAUGGGAUGCUCAGCGUGUAGUAGACAAGUUUUUGGAAGGUGAAGGAUCAAAGGCGGACAAUGUAGAGUGGGAUAAGGAAUUAGUGCUUCUUCGAGUACAGGCUAUUGAACGUCGACUCAACCGUAUCCAGAACAAGGAUACCUCCUUGUCUACCAUCAUCGAUACUCCUGCACAAAAGAAGGCCCGAAAGAACCUUGAUGCGAUCGACAUCUCUAGUAAGACUGCCCAUACCCCUUUCCCUAUGCUCCGUUGCGGACCUCCGGUGGAAGAACCGCCCUCCACCAUCAAGAGGAUGCUGGGUUUUGUAUGGGGUGGAGGAGCAAACAAGGCUGAUAGGAUGUCCGAUGUGAAGAUGAAGGGUAAAGGGUUGAUGAAGGAGUUCGAAGCUACGUACGAGAAAGAUAACGCGGCUAUGCAGAUGAAGGAGGUUGCAAGGUCCGAAGGGGUACCACCAUCCCUCACUGUCGCUUCUCAAUCUGCUCCAGCCCGUGCUGGGGUCAUUACUCGCUCAAUUUCUACACCCAAUUUCGCAGCUGCAGCUUCCCUCCCAUCGACGUCACGCUCAAGCUCAGCUCUCGCAUCCACCUCUUUCUCCUACAUUUCGGAUUCGAGUUCGAGCAGGCUUUACCCACCACUCGAGCCAUCACUGAGCCAGCGUUCGUCAGCAAUCGCAAAGCUUUUUCCGCAGGCGCAGAUGAGAAUAGCUGUUCCACCGCCACCCAAAGAGCCGAUAAAAUUACCUAACACUGUGUCGGGCCUGCAGAGGUCGAGAACAGGAAGCGUGAAAGAUCUGGCGAAGGCGUUUGAAGAAAAGAGUUUUGAGUUGCAGAAGUAGGCGUGGAAGAAAAGAUGACUAUGGUGUAAUUCUAUUUAUGAUUGUAAUGACUUCAACGAGUUUCAAUGUUAAUCUUCUUGGCCAUUGUGUCCAUAAUUUAGCAAUACAGUGAUAUUAUAUUCAUGACAUGAAUGGUUAUUACUCUUU